AUGACUUCCUAUCAAGAGUUAACGGCCGAAGGGGAGAGUAGCCCUCUGUUCACGGGCUGCUGCCGAGCAAAAGAGGUCAUAAACCGGGACCUGGGCAGCAGGACUCAUCCUGAACUCGGCAGCCGUGAUAAGGAGGGAAAACUGGAAGUGGAAGUCGCCUCAGGAUUUAAUUCUCCGCAUCCUCGGUACUUAACUCUCUCCAACAGUUUGACUCUGUGCACCUCUUCGGACAGCCCUCCUCCUCCUCCUCCUCCUCCACCGUGUGAGAUUCUCGAGGGCUUCUCGACACCGGCCUGCCCGCACUCGUCCCGUGUCCCCUGGCGGUGCAGGGCGCAGGGGCAGGGCUCUCCAGGACGCGGAUAUUGUGCGUCAGAUAGCAGCGAGACGCGGCACUGCGACUUUGGGUCACUCACAGAGGAAAUUCAAAUCUACUCUCAUCAUGGCCCCGAGAUUCACGUCGCCAGCUCGGACUGUAACGUGGCUGAUAUGGAUGAAAGGAGUAAAACUUUUGAGUGGAUGAAAGUGAAGAGGAGUCAGCACCGGGCGGCCAGGAUGCACAUGACCUGUGGGUUCAGUAUUGUUGGCUCGGGAAUCGGUGCUGCGGAGGCUGGAAGCGGCAGCAGCAUCUGCACGAAUGGCCAUCCCACGGUGAACGGGGCCCCGAGGACCAGCUUCAGCACCAAGCAGCUGACCGAGCUGGAGAAGGAGUUCCACUUCAACAAGUACCUGACGCGGGCCAGGCGGGUGGAGGUCGCCAGCGCCCUGCAGCUCAGCGAGACGCAGGUGAAAGUUUGGUUUCAGAACAGACGCAUGAAGCAGAAGAAAUUACACAGAGACGGGCUGCUCUCCGACCCGGGGCCCGCGGCUCCGCACUCACACGCCGACACUUUGGACACCUGCCCCUCUCCUGGACCAACCUCGCCAAAACACCUGCCCCUGAACUCCUGAGCCGCAGGACCUGCACCAUGCGUUACACAGCGAGGGCGCCAGCCUGCAGAUGUUUUGAUUCGCGUUUGCAUCGGUUUCAAUCAGGCUUCACCUUUAUUUGCUUACCACGAUGGAUGCUUAUUGCAAGAAGCGCAAUGGCAAGUUUCUUCAUGCAAGAACGGGUCAAAACAAUUUGUCAUCCUCCCCGGCUUCAGACUGGCGCUCUGAUUUGAAUAUUAAAAUUCAAGUCAUUCCAUUGCGCUCCUAUCUACACAAUGUAAACGAAGAUACAAAGUUAUAUUAAUUGUCCAUAGAAACGGUGGCAGACUAUUUGUUUAUUUAUUUUGUACAAUUUAUUCAGGCACAGACUUUACUCGAAUAUAUUUAUUCAGGAGGACACGUGCUUCCUUGUUUAGUUUAAAAUAACACAAAUGAAUUAUUUUUAUUUAUUUAAGGUCUGCAUUUGAUAAUAUUUAUUCUAUCGACACAGACAGGACAAUACAUUUUUUUAGCAGUUUUUUUUACAAAUUAUUCUACCACAUCACGCUGCUGCUUUCUCACUCAGUUCCAGUAAAGCGUUUGUGGAGAUUUCUUUUUAUAUUUCUUUUAAAAAGCCGUUUUUCUGUGAUUGGCAGAUUUAUAUCAGGCUAAUUAAGUUGAGCUUUAAUGCUGCUUUAGCGUUGUACAUUUUGUCCGUUUUCAUAAUCCUCAGUCCAUGGAAAGAUUAAAAUCCCAUAAUUGACUGAUAGAUUUAUUGAUCGCUCGUAUUUAAGAGUAUUGAUCCGUGGUGAUCCAUCUAUUUGAGGCACAAAUCUGGGAGCAUUUGCAUGCAUCUGUAACUGCAUGUUAAUGGAAUGUAGAAAUAUCACGAUCGGGAGUUGUUGCGUCUUUUAUUACCCCUAUACAUGCAUCAGAAAAUGAUAAUUUGGCUUGAACACUCAUGCGGGAGAGCAGACAAUAAAACGCUGUCUGUGCUGUUUUGCAGAUCAACCAAUAAAUUGUGUGGCCCCAGCAGUUCGAGCAGCUAAAUAUUCCUUCCAGAUUCACAUCUCAUCUCACAGAAAGUAAAUGAUUAUAAACUCGGCCCUUAAACACUGUUACGUUCCCGGGAUCACAAUGCGUUUCUAUCACGUUAAUGUCUGUUUUAAUAUCAAGAUAUGGUCCAUCAGACACAUUAAUUUUAUGUUGGGGAAUAUUUUUUUGUGCAGCUUUCAAUUAGCCGUGUUUGCACUGGAUAUGAAGGUUACUAUAGUCACAACGGAUAUUAAUGAUAACAAGGCAUUCAGCUCAAAGCAGCUGGGUUGUUGUAGCUUGUAAAUAAAAAAAAAAAAAAAAAGAAUCAAAAUGAACUAGUUAUCUUAAUCUUUAAACAGGUAUCUUGGUUGGAAUUUGGCCUGUAAAUAAAAUACAAAUAAAAAUAAGAAUCAUAGUUAUUAGACAACUGCACCUCAGCAGGGCGCAGGAGUGGACAUGAGGGCUACAAGGCCAAGCUAAUAUAUGCAGUUACACCAGAGUUCACCCCUCACCUCUUGACCUUUGUCUUGCCUCGGGACAACGAUGACCCGGUCAGCGGCUCAGAAAGAGAAAGAUGGACCAUUAUUUUGGGUGACCUCGAAGUCUGAGCUUUUUCUCUUCUUUCUUUCGUUUCCCCCCCAACAAGCAACUCCGAAUGCUUUUGUUCUGGUGGUGGGUCCCUGUGUCCACACAAUAAUAUUUCAUGGAGCUGAAUAGAAAGGCGACCAGGCCAUAUGAUAAUUGUUCAUAUUAUAAUUCCAUACCAGGCCAGAUAAUGCAUGUUUUUUUUCUUACACCUUGAGCUAACCUAAUUUUUGCCCUAUCUCUUAUUCUAAUACUCCAAAAAAUAUGCUACUGACUCACUUUAUAAACUGGAUGAAAGAGUCUUUUUACCCAGUAGGUUUUUUGAUAUAAACUACAGACCUAUUUUUAAUAGCAAAGUUGAAAAAUUAAAGUUACUUGUGCAUACUUAACACUUAAUGUGAUUCCAUGUCAGAGCCAGUAUAAACAAAAUUUAGGACAACUAUUCAUUACAUGCCUGUUGCUUAUAUAUUUCAUGCAUAUCUGCUUUAAUAUAUUUAUUUUAUUCAAUUCAAACAUUAAUCCCUUUCAAACGAUAUCUUUUAUCAUGUUCAUCUCAUUAAUAUUAACUGAAAGCUGAAGAGGAAUAAAAGUUCAAACUUUAAAGUCAGCAGAGGAGCUUCUGACAAUACGAACAUUUAAAUUUUCUGCUUGGAAUUGAUAGGAAUGAUUUUUACAUGCGAGCUGGACUGAAAAUGUGUUGAACCCAAUUUAUUUUAAAUUUGCAUUUUAAACAAAAUACACAUCAUUAAGGCCGCCUUCUCUAAACAAAAUAGCACAAAGUGGAAUGUUUAACAAAACUAUCCAAUGCGCCCAUCUCUUUAAUGCAAAUAAGCAUGCACUUACGAAGGUUAUGAGGAGGAGGAGGAGGAUGAUGAGGUUGGUGAUGAUGAUGAUGAUGAUGAGAUAAUGCAAUGAUAAAACCUGUGAUUACAAAAAUGGUCUCUCAUGUCCAGUUUCCCUGCUGAGAGUUAGACUGACCUUAUUAGAAACUCUUUUAUCAUCUUGUGCAAAUACAGUCCCUUGCCACAGGGCUUCAAGUUACAGGUUGUAAUGUGCACAGAGGAUGCUUGCAGCAGGUGUGCACUCAGACUUUUUUUUUCUUUUUUUUUCAAAUCCAAACUUACUUCAUCACAGUUUCUACUGAGUAAUAGAUUCACUUAGAAAUACACAACAAUUUAAAAUAGCAGCAAGAAAAACUUAA